CUAUAUUUAUGAUGUUCCUAAAUAAUAAUGAAUCAGCAUAGAGCAAUCGAUAAUAUUUUUUGUUAAUAAUAGCGGCUUUUAAUUAGAGUCUACUAAAUGAUCCCAGGUUAUUGUGCAUGUUUCAUUGCUAAAAAUAUCUCAGAAGGCUUGAUUUGUUUUUUUUUUCUAUGACAUGAAAUUAGACAAAACAUGUCAAUGUACGACACGUUUGUAUGCUUUAAUGCUCGUUUUGAGGAAAUUAUUUUAAAUGUUAACGAUUUAUGUUCUGUUAACGUGACUGUAAUACACAUUGGAAUAUUUGUAGAAACUGUACUAUUUGGUACAUCUAUCGCAAGAAAAAUCUGGAGGUUCAACAACUACAUAUGAUAAUGAUAUUCUUAAGUCAACAAAAAGAGCUGCAGGCUAGCUUAUUCAAAAUGCAAGAUUCGUCGAAGGCCAGUUCUUUGCCCAGUACUAAACUUCUCCUCCGUCAUAUUAAAUCAGUGCACGACACUGCCACUCAGAUUUCAAGUGAAUUCGGCACUACAGACACUGCAAUUGAGGACACAAUAACAGAAAUUAUGAUAACAACUCUUGGCAAAAUUCCAAACGAAAUGUAUUAUCUGGAGGACACGACACCCAGUGGGAGAGUCAAGGAAUUAAACACAACACUAAACAACUGCAGUUUCUCAGAGAGAACAGUCCCAGUUGACAAAUCCGAUGAAUAUACCGGACGUUCUACACUCCUGCUGAUCUUACUGAGUGUGCUCCUGAUCGUACUGCUUUUAUGUUGCAUCACAGCGUGUGUCAUUGCUAGGUCCAAGAGCAAGUAUUCUCUCUUUACGAAGAGCGAUAUCGAAUGCAGUCCGGGUUGCAGUGGCGUCAAUGUACCCUUGUUGGGUUUAGAGAAGACAUCAGAUACAACUACUAAGACAAGUUCGAUGAAGAAUUGAAAAGGAUUGGUUUUACAUGGUAGCUCGUUUUGAAACUCUUCAAGAUGAAAAAGAAAGCUCCUGAUUAAACGAACGGAUAUCAUAGCGUUAUUUUUAACCUCAAAGUUGUCAAACCAGAAACACGCAA